AUUGUUCAUGGCGUUUUAUGACUUGUCCCUUUAUAUCGCCGAUUAUGACAAGUAUUUUUGUGAUUAUCACGGCAAACUGUUGCCACUGUGUCUGUAAAUUGUUUUAAAGUGUUAUUAUCAUUUAUAAAUCAAGUGGUUAACGUUGUGUGUUCUCGUGUUUAUCCACAAGAUACGUUUAACAGAACCAAUACCCCUCGGAUCCCCGAAGUUGGUGAAGGAAAGAAGAGGAAAGAGAAAAAAAACUAACGAAAUGGGUGAAAGAAGGUAUUAAAAAUAGUGCCUGGAGUUUGGGACCAUAGACAGAGACUUUGUCGGGUUUUGAGGAAGAGUGUUGCACCCCCGAGAGGUCCCCAGGCUCCCCUGGUAGUUAUGUGAUUGAUGAUUGUCAUGGCAGCAGACAGUGAUGGUGAUCUGAUCGAGACGGUGGUAACGUGCGAGGGUGACCUGGGUGAUCCAGAGUUUCCCCAGAAAUUCGCACAAAUAGUAGAUCGCCUAAAGCACCUAAUCUCCCCUGAAAAAGGGGAUGGUCUCCGCGUGAACAAAGUGGAGCCCUGGAAUUCAGUUCGCGUGACCUUCUCCAUCCCUCGAGAGGCAGCCCUGCGCCUGCGAGAGCUCGCAACAGAGGGUUCUCCCACCCUAACCCAACUAGGAAUUCUUUCAGUCCAGGUGGAAGGUGACCAAGUGAUAUCCCUACGAAUAGCCGGACGUUUUGGUGGUGAAUCACAAGAGAUUGUUCUCCAUUCAACUCCCAACGAUGACAAUUUAUCGACAAAACCCCGCACAGAUGGAAACACAAGUUCUCCAUCAAGUGAAGCAGAGAGAUCCUUACCAGGACCAAGUACUUCCUGCAAAUCUCCCCAAUUUCGUUCUCCAAACGUCGUUGCACCAACAGACUGUGAUCCCAUCCCGGCGUUCCUCUCAAAAACCAUCCAGGCAGCAUCAAGCACAGCUGGACUCACUCAAGCAAUCAACCAAGCUAAUUCAACCACCUCAAACUCAGCAAAUCCCAAUGCAUCACCUCGUAACAACUACAAUGGACCAUUCCCCUUUGCCAGUAUGACUCACGCUGCCCAAGCUGCCCAAGGUAUCCAUCGAGAUUCCCAAUCAAACUCUCAGCCACCAGCCUUUAAACAUAACCAGCCACCACCGCCUUAUCCAACUCAUCAGCCUCAAGAAGCCCAAGCCCUAGUGCCAAAUCAGUUUAAUCCACCGAUAAGUAAAGCUCUUGGCCUGGCAACAGCAGUUAGUGGUAAUCAAGUGGCAUUAUCAUCACCACUACUGGUUAAUCUACUUCAGAACGAUGGAAGUGCACAUCCUGGCGGUAGUCAGGGUCAGAAGGUGCCUGCUGUUGAUACUGGGGCUGGCGGCGGCACAAGUCGAACGAAACCAGCGAAAAAGCCAAAUGCACGAAGGAAAGAGUCAACAACUGUUAUUGCUGGUGAAUCAGAGGUAGCAACGAGUUUGGAUUCCAUACGAUCUGAGGAUCUAAUUGGGGCAGUGCCCUCAACUCCAUCAGUACCUUCUGCCUUUGCUUCUGUACCCCAGAGCGGCUCCAACAGUUGUCCUCAAACUAAUCAGACACAUUCGCAAGUACAAAUACAGCAGAAUUUCCCAGUUAGACAGGAGUUGACCUACAGAGGGAAUCAGUUAAUCAGCACGAGGCAUCCAGUGAAUGGUCAGGGAAUCAGGACACCUCUUCAACAACGUCAAAUGAUUCUUCAACAACAAGGAAUUGUCCAAGGACAACAGAUGAUCGUUCAAGGACAAUUAUCUCAGCCUCAAAUCCAACAGCAAAUAAUUCCCUCGAACGUGAACGUUGCUCAACAACGGCUAGGCUUCAUCAAUAAUGGACCCAGGCAGCAAACACCUCCACCCUAUCCCAGAUCCAACCAAACGUCUACAACAACUUCAGCAUCUCCCACAACUCAACAGACUCCAGUCCCACCACAAAGCCAAGGACAAACAUUGAAUAUCCAACACCAGCUUCAUCAUAAUCAAUUAAAAAACACAAACGUCAUCAACACAAGUGCUAGCAAUGAUUUUCGUUAUGGACAGAGUCAAAAUAUACUAAGUAGAAAUUAUCAAACCACUGCUGGGACCACAUUAAUGUAUGGUACAUCAAAAAAUUCAGGAAAUAUACAACAGAAUCAACAGUUAAAUCAAUCAAGAGUUAAUGCUGCACAAGGCUCAUUAACGAAUCAGAUUAAUACAGGUGCCUUUAAUCAAGAGUCAAGGAAUCAGAGAAAAAAUAAUUUAACGGCAACAGCAACAACUGUUACAACGUCAAAUUCAUCAAUAAAUGCCUCAACAAAUUCACCAAUAAACAACAAAACUAUAAAUGCUAUUAGAGAAGAAUCAUCAUCUUCAUCAUCUUCAUCGUCUGAUAAUAAAGAGAGAAAUGAUGACGAAGUGAGGCCAGAGCCUGAGUACACAUCGUCAGGUAAAAUACGACAAUUUCUGAUAAAUCCAUUGACUGGACAUUUGGAACCAAUGCCAAGUGAAAGUUCAGAGUCUGAGCCAGAGAGUGCUGUUGACAAUCAGGAUGAUUUUUUUUCAUUUCCCUCGCCGUCCAAUGAUCGUUCAAAUUCAAUAUUUUCGGAUGAUGAUGCUGAUAGUAAUAUAUCCAGACGAAAUGAUACAACAACUAAUACUGAUCAGUCGGAUUCAGAGACAACGGGUAAAUCAACGGGCAGCGAGGGUAGUUUAAAACACAAAUUGAAAUCUAAGGAUAGUCCGAUGCAGGGGGAGAAGAUCAAGUUGAGACUAAAGUUGGAGAAGUCAGAGCCGGUGACGCCGGCUUACAAGGUUGAUGUCUCAUUUGUUAAUACACCACCGAUGAGAAAGGCUGAUAAGACGAUAAGUAAAAUUUUUGGGGGAACACCUUCUGGGGUUGGUACUGGAGGGGUGGAUGAACCGAGGGUACCACCACUGCAUAUUUCGUUGAGGGGAAGGAACGCUUCGGUCGUGCAGAUAAGGAAGAAGGAGAAGAAGAUGAUGGCGAGGGAGGAGGAUGUCUCGGGGAGUAAUGCUGUUGUUAAGAGGCGGGGAAAGCUUAAAAAGAUGAAGGAUAACACUGAUGGAAAUAAAUUACUGCAGAAAAAGUCCAUAGGCAUAAUCAUGACGACGACCAUGGUUACCACUACCACCGCCACUGUUUCAACGGUAACGGCGGCGGGGGUGGGGGGCAAUCGACAAGUCGUCGCUGUGGUUAAUAAUGCUGUUGCUGCAGCCAGUACUAAUGUCGGUGGAAAUGCUGUGGGGAAGGUCAACAAUUCAAUGCCAGGGAAGAGCAAGCAGGAGAAUCUCGUCGAGGGACAGAGAGGAGUGGCAAAUAAGGCUGGAUCCAGCAAGUCUGGGGAUGUUGAUGAUAUUCCAUUGAACAGCAGGAUACCUUCACCUGUUAAGGGAAAGGGGGUCACUGGGGUCGGGGGGAUUAAUAGUCAGGGGGGAAAGGUGCAUCUUGAGACUGAGCUUCCUAAUCAUACGAAUGAACAUAAGAUUGGUGGAGGAAAAACGAAAAGAAGAGACUCAAAAAAGAAGUCCGACUCUGGGGAAGGUCUCCACCGUGAACAAAAUCUGCUUUCAGGGGGUAGAAUUCUCGACAACCAGGCGAAAUGGAGAAAAUUAGGUUAUAAGGGUCCUGGAGCCAGUGAUGAUCCUGUGAAGAAGACCCCAAAAGAUCCCUGUGAUACUUCUAACCCAGAUACUACUAAAAAAAUUGGUGAGAUCCGUCGAACAAGCGACAGCGACCUCCGCCUCACCGACAAACCCAGUGCAAUAUCUCGAGUAACAGAACUAAAUGGCAUGAAGAAGGAUCUCUUGAGUCAGGAGAAGCGACGUCGUUUGAGUCUGAUUGACGAGAAAGAUUUCCACCUGUCAGAUACCCAAAUCUGUCAGAAUACAACACAACACAUGCCGCGAGUAUCAAAACUCUUCGAGAAGGACUCUACCCUCAAAAAUCCCUCAAAACCCCUGAGUCAUCUAUCUGGAGGCCCAGAAAAGCUCCAGAACGAGGAGCAACUAGAGCCAUCGUCUCUCCUCCCAAAAAAACUAAUCCCCGUGAAGAGUAAAAUCGAUCCAGACGACUCCAAAUCCCUCCAAAAGCUCAAAAAUUACUCGAUAAUGAAGUCAGAGUCUCAAUCCCCAUCCCUAACUCCCAGAAAAUCAUCUCCCAAUCAUAUGACAAGCACCAUGACCCCUACAACUUCAUCACCAACCUCAGUAUCAUCAGUAAUCCCAACAAAAACACUCGAAACUAAAUCCGAACCAAAAGAAAAGGAUCAGAAUCUUGAGAAAGCCCCGGAGACAUCAUCCCCUGAUCUCUCCAGAAUUGAUUCAGACCCAAAACUCCAAGAGAAAACUCUUGAAAAACUCGACACAAACGUUAUUCCACUGCUGGAUCCCUCGAAUGAGCGAGUAACUCCCCAAAAUUCUGGAAACAACGGCAACACUGGUGAGGAUUCUGGAAUUGAAUCGAUGGACGCCCUCUCCGAGAAAUCCCCAAAUCAAGGAGAAUCACCCCUUCAUCGACCAGUAACUGAAUCUCAAACGGUGAAAACUGUCCAGCUAACUCAAGUGGAAUUAACAACCCUACAAACCACAAUAAACAAGAACGUGCCUUCCUCAACAAGUGAUAUGUGUUCAACCGUGAAUUCGAAACUAUUGAAACCUGACGAUGAAGAUGACGAUGAGGACGAUGGUGUUGACAAUGACGAUGAUCCUCAUUCUCAUCCUCAUCCUCAUCCUGAUAAACAAUUAAGCCCAGUGUCUAAUUAUCACGACAUUUGUCAUAAUGAUGAAGACACUAAAUGUGAUAAUCAAGAUGAAUCAGUGUCAGUGUCAGAAUCAAGGACUGAUUGUGAUUCUGGAACCACGUCCACUGGUGUUGAUGAUAAUUCAUCGAUAAAUACUGGUAAAAGUGGUACUUGUGAUAAUAAAUUUCUUAAUCAAGUGAAUCAACCUGAGACAAGUGACAAAAACGAUAAAAAUAAAAUGAAUAAUCCAAUAUGUAAACUUGAUAAACCCCCGAAAGUUGAUCUGAAACCCUCAGAAACCUGUGAAAAUGUAAAAAAACAGGAAGACCCAUUGAAAGUGGCAGUUGAAGAAUUAUCUUCAGAGGUAUCUCCAGACGUUAAGAGGCCUCAGGUUAUCGAAAGUGUCUCUCAACCCCUUCAGAAUACUGAGCAAAGUCAUCAGAGUCGUAAAAAUAACAACGUAAUAAUCUCCACAAUGCCUGCGAAAGAUUCUUCGAAAGAUUUCUGCAACGAUGAAACGGAACACACAAACCCCAGCCCCCAAUUUCCAGACGUCAAACCUAAAUUAGAACCUAAAACAGAAGUAACACCCGAUGACACGAGGCAGGAUAAUCUGUUGAUGUCAUCAAAACUAUCGACAGAUGCAUCAGAAUUAUCUUUGAUGAAAGUUGACAGUGAUAAGAAACGUCUGGUUAAACGUGAAUCUCCUCUAGUGGUGAAGGGUGAUGAUUAUGUUAGUAGGAAGAGUGAGAUUGAUACGAGUGUACCAUCCCCAUUGACUGAUGAUCCUCAACCGAUAAGGAUCACUCCGCCACUUUACACUUACUCUAAUCCUGUCGUGUUGCAGAGGGAUGACACGCCUAGCCCAGCAGCUCAGGGCGUUGAGAGUGUUGAUACUGAGGCUGAUAAUAUUAAAAGAAAGAGAAGAAGGAAACAAGAGCUGGAGGGCAGACAGGAUGUUAUUUGUAUUGAAGAGGGGGAGGAUUUCGUGGAGAGAUUGACACCGAUUAAUCCGAUAAGUUCAGAGGAUUAUGUCAAGAGACCUGGGAGAUCGUUGUUGGAGCAAUUGUUGAUUGAAAUACCUAAUGAUAAUAGUGAGAAGAGAUCGUUGAGGACGAGAUCGCAGAAAAUGAAUAGUCCUGAUAUUGUUAAGACACCAAAGAGCAGUCCACAUGGGGCUACUGUUGGGAGGCUCAGUGAGGAGAGGAGUGAGAGGAGGAGCAUUUCACCGUAUGCCAAGGUUGGAAGUAAAAUCAGUCUGCCCAAAUUGUCGCCGAAUGCUGCAGGUGGUGGAAAAGUGGGGAAGAGGAAGAGGCAAGAGAGCGAGAGCUCGGUGGCUUCGGGGACUAACAGUGAAGAUCCACAGGCCAGACCCGGCAAGAGAAAAUGCUCGGAAAAUGCUGAGGUGUUGAUCAAAGCUUGCAUGGGAGUCGAGGAGGGGGGGGGACAUGUUAGAAAGGUCGGGGGCAAAGAGGAGAAGAAGGGGUUCAACAUACUCAGUAAGGCGAAAAAAGGCCCCAUUUUGGUGGAUGUUGAAUCGUCAGAUGAUGAGCCUCUUGUCGAGAUUGCUGCCAAGGGGAGAAUCAGGGGCGCUGAGGAAGCUUCAUCACCAAAACUCAAAGAUACUAAAACAACUUUGAGUACUCCAGUGAGUGGGAGCCAAUUAAACUCAACAAAUGUAUCAAAUUUCAACACAAGCAGUAGAGUACAGAGGGAGAGUCGUUUAUUAACGACUAAACAACCUGGUAAUAUUAAUUCAACGAUAGUGGGUAAAGAGAGGCUACGGGGUACAUCAGUGUCCAGUAACGAAUCAGUUGGUGAAGUUACGACACGAAGAUCUGUUAGACAGAGCGCAGUGUCACCACUCGCUACACCAGCGAGUAAUACAAGAGGUGCAUCCAGAUCAAUAGAAGACGUCAACAGGAGAAAAACACGAAGUGGUGCUGUGACAGCCGAGACAGCUGAACAGGCGAAACGUAGGCGAAUAUCCCGUGAAAACAAAUGACCUUCGGGAAGCGACCUUGACAGUGAUUAGCUACCGUCUCUGGUCAAGGCCUUAAUGUCUGAUUAUUUGUCAAAACUCGACGCUUAUUCGAUCGCCGUGUGGCUGGACCCCACCUGGUGAAUAUGUACGUGUCAAAACUUAAAACAAAUGUUGAAAAUCAAUGAAAGGAAAAAAAUAACAAAAACAUUCAAAAGAAUAGCGCACAAGUAAUCCUUUCUCAGUCGGUCAUCGAGGGUUUCAAAGGAAUCAGACGUCAAUGUUGAUAAUUAUUUUGUAAUUUCUCGUAUUUUUCUUCAUCGUGUAUAAAAUAUUGAGGCAUCAAAUGCUUGACUGUGACUUUUGAAGUCAUUGAUUUAUCCUUUUUGUAGAAAGUACAUUUAUCAACAUUCACCUCGAUCUUUUCAAGUCCUCUCUUGACUGCCUUUAGUUGCUUAGAUCAAUACUAGAGUAAAUUAUUCUUAUUACUAUUAUUAAUAAUACUAUUAUUAUGAUUUCGUGACUACGAUCAUUGGUAAUGCUUCAUUAUUAUCCACGAUUUACGGCAAUGAGAGAUGAACUGCCGUAUGUUCAUGUAGAGAAAUGAUGAGGAGGAGGAUGAUUUUCGAAUUAAUUCGCAGAUUAUUUUCUCAAUGUCUUCGUAAUGUGUGAUUUUAAACAGAAAUGCUCGUAAAAUUCUCGAUGAAAAACACUCUCGACAUUUCCUAUUAAAAUCACUCAUUACCAUUAUAUUUAUGCCACUCAUGCCUGA